GUCCUUCACUCCCUCUCAUUCUCAUGCUCCGGCUCGCUCUUGGUGAAGUCAUUUCCAUGAAGGUGGCACUCCCUGAACUUGGACCCUGAACUCUGUCAUAAAGAGGAAGAGAUUCUGUUUUAUAUAAACACACAGUUUGUGUGCACCACAGAAUACGCAUUUCUAUAUCAAGACUACUGAGCAGGGUUUCUACACAUAAACUGAAGUGUUUGCUUACAUACCACACCUCAUCCUCAGCUAUUUCUGAAGAGGGAGUCGUAAAGUUGCAUGAUAUCAAGCCUGAAGCCAAACAGCAGAUAAGUCAAAAUGGCAAAUAAAGGUCCAUCCUAUGGUCUGAGUCGCGAGGUGCAGAGUAAGAUUGACAAGAAGUACGAUCCAGAGCUGGAGGAGCGGCUGGUGGAGUGGAUAGUCGCUCAGUGUGGGGAUUCUGUAGGAAGACCUCAACCUGGAAAACAAGGCUUUCAGCAGUGGCUUAAGGAUGGAUGUGUUUUAUGUGAGCUGAUUAACAGUCUCCAUAAGGAUUCAAAGCCUGUGAAAAAGGUCCAGGUUUCUGGAAUGGCUUUUAAACAGAUGGAGCAGAUCUCUCAGUUCCUUGGUGCUGCUGAACGCUAUGGAGUCACCAAGUCUGACAUGUUUCAAACCGUUGACCUCUGGGAGGGUAAGGACCUUGCCGCUGUACAAAUGACGCUGAUGUCGUUGGGGAGUCUGGCUGUUACUAAGGGCGAUGGCUGUUACCGUGGUGACCCCAGUUGGUUUCACAAGAAAGCCCAGGAGAACAAGAGAGAGUUCUCUGAAGAUCAGCUGAAAGAGGGUCAGAGUGUAAUCGGCCUACAGAUGGGCACUAACAAAGGGGCAUCACAGGCAGGCAUGACUGGUUACGGUCGACCUCGACAGAUCUUAAACAACAAAUAAAGACCUGACAACCAGUGAUCUAUCUUUCUUGGUUCAUCAGCGGGAUGGACCAGAAGUAUAGUCUCACUUAAACCUUCAGCAAACCUCAGCUGGACAACAACAAUGAACAGAACACAACUUAAAGCAAAGUUUACAAACACAUUGUAUCAUUUCAACCUAAAACUGCUUUACGUCCUUGCUUCAGAAACCAACCAUUCCCCACACAUGACAUCCAAUACAUUCCACUAGAAUCAAGUCUGCCUUAAAUUCUAUUAGGGCGCAGACAGACAUACAUUCCAUUAUUCUAUUACAUACAUUCCAAAGAAAUGCAUUAUGCUGCACUCCAUGGGAACAAAAUGCAUGUAAAUGGAAUUCGGCCUUGCACAAUCAGUUGUUUGUCUUGUCUUUCUGUGGAUCUGAUUUGUAUGCUCUGCUCCAAAUUAGCUCUAUAUCCCUGAUCUAAAAAUCAACAUGAAUCUAGGGCCUUUCAUUGAUAUGUUAAUACAUUGUACAUGAGUCACUAAUAAUUGAUUUUGCUAAUAAAAUUCAGUUACAUUUUGAAA